AUAAGUCCUGAAGCAAUGCUGGUUCCUGUUCAAUUCAACCUCAAAGGGAAGUGAAGACUUGCUUCAGUCGCACUUUGUUUUUCUUUUCAUGCAGACACCAUUGUCUGCACAUACACUUGCACCUUGAACCACUCAACUGAGCAGUCGUUUUCAAAGGAAAUGGGCUAUGAAGAAUUUGAUGGUGGGAAAGCAGUGGCUUGUGUGAUCCUGGGCCUGUCCUUCCUGGUAGGAGUUCCGGGGAACCUGCUGGUGAUCUGGACUAUCCUGAGACACGUCAAGCAGCGCUCCCACAUUGUUGUGCUCAUCCUGCACCUGGCUGCUGCUGACCUGCUGGUCCUCAUCACCUUGCCGCUAUGGAUCUAUUCCCUGGUACACACCUGGGUAUUUGGAAAGGCCUUCUGCAAGGCCUUGGUGUACAUUAUCAAUGUGUGCAUGUUCAGCAGCAUCUUCUUCAUCACCCUCAUGGGUGUUGAACGCUUUUUAGCCAUUUGUCAUCCAUUUGUGAUGAUGCGCUGGAAGACCAAGAGCGCUAUGAACAGAUGUCUUGUACUUUUGUGGUUCCUUGCUUUGCUUCUAGGACUGCCUGCUUUAGUGACCCAACUUUUGGAUGAAAGUAAAGAAUUUGAGCUGUGUUUUACCAAAGCAUUCAGCUCUGUGACUCAAGAAAUCAUCUUGUUAUGUCUGGAGACCUUGGGGGGCUUUAUAGUUCCUUUUAUCAUUAUCAGUAUCUGUUAUUGUCUAGUAGCUGCCAAGCUCAGGAAAAUGAGUUUCAACUCCAAACAGAAAUCCAUAGUUCUUGUGCACACUGUGGUGAUAGCCUUCACUCUGUGCUGGUUGCCUUACCAUAUCAUCAACACAACCGAUAUGGUUUGCGUCCUAGCAGGCACAGACCAUGGAUGUGUGCCAGAGAGUAUUGUCUUUAGCUCUGGUGCCCUUGUUUUCAUAAGCAGUUCAGUAAAUCCUGUGUUGUACACCCUGUUUGCUAGGAACUUACGAGGGAGUCUCGAGGAGUCCCGACUGGUCAGGCUGUUCCAGGAAAUGGUAACUCAAACUAACAAACUCAGGGAGCUGGUAGUACAGCAGCAGAAUGACCAGAGGGCAGCAAAUACACAGUUAGAGCUGCUGUCUGACUCUGUGUGAAAAAAGACUGAAUACUUGAAACUGUGAUGACAGGAAAACAUAACACUUGUCUGCUGCAGUUAAUUAAGGGACUAUACUUUAUUGUGAAGGCCUAUGAUCUAAGAUUUUGAAAGCCUGUAAUAUAGUGUUGACAAGGGUUAUGUGUCAAGUCAUCAACACAUACCACAUCUUUUACAUUUCACAGAUGUCAUUUCAGGCGAACACAUGACUCCAGUCUCUAUGUGGUUCUUAAUUUUAACAAUUACAAAAUGCUGUGUAGGUUAAACAUUUGAAACAUAAUUAUC